UGAGCCAGUGUCCCACAAAACGCCGUUCACUUCCUGUGAGUUGGCCGUGUGUCUCUUCUAUUUCUUUCUCAAACUUCAGUCCAACAGAACAACCGAGAAUCAUGAGGGAAAUCGUUCACAUCCAGGCGGGUCAGUGCGGCAACCAGAUUGGCGCAAAGUUCUGGGAGGUGAUCAGUGACGAGCAUGGCAUCGACCCAACAGGAACCUACCACGGAGACAGUGACCUGCAGCUGGACAGGAUCAGUGUUUACUACAAUGAAGCCAGUGGUGGGAAGUAUGUUCCCAGAGCCGUUCUGGUUGAUCUGGAACCAGGCACCAUGGACUCAGUUCGCUCUGGAGCCUUUGGCCAAAUCUUCAGACCUGAUAACUUUGUUUUUGGUCAAAGUGGUGCAGGAAAUAACUGGGCCAAAGGUCACUACACAGAGGGGGCGGAGCUGGUGGACUCUGUCCUGGAUGUGGUGAGGAAGGAGGCGGAGAGCUGCGAGUGCCUGCAGGGUUUUCAACUCACACACUCCCUGGGCGGAGGCACCGGCUCCGGUAUGGGAACGCUGCUCAUCAGUAAAAUCAGGGAGGAGUAUCCUGACCGCAUCAUGAACACCUUCAGUGUGGUGCCCUCCCCCAAGGUGUCAGACACCGUGGUGGAGCCGUACAACGCCACACUGUCUGUGCACCAGCUGGUGGAAAACACCGACGAGACGUACUGCAUCGACAACGAAGCCCUGUACGACAUCUGCUUCCGCACUCUUAAACUCACCACGCCCACGUACGGCGACCUCAACCACCUGGUGUCCGCCACCAUGAGCGGCGUUACCACCUGCCUUCGCUUCCCCGGUCAGCUCAACGCUGACCUGAGGAAACUGGCCGUCAACAUGGUUCCCUUCCCCCGCCUGCACUUCUUCAUGCCUGGCUUCGCACCUCUGACCAGCAGGGGGAGCCAGCAGUACCGUGCCCUGACGGUACCGGAGCUCACCCAGCAGGUGUUUGACGCCAAGAACAUGAUGGCGGCGUGCGACCCACGCCACGGGCGCUACCUGACGGUGGCCGCCGUGUUCAGAGGCCGCAUGUCCAUGAAGGAGGUGGACGAGCAGAUGCUGAACGUCCAGAACAAGAACAGCAGCUACUUCGUGGAGUGGAUCCCCAACAACGUGAAGACGGCCGUCUGCGACAUCCCGCCGCGAGGCCUGAAGAGGGCCGUCCCCUUCAUCGGCAACAGCACGGCCAUCCAGGAGCUGUUCAAGCGGAUCUCCGAGCAGUUCACCGCCAUGUUCAGACGAAAGGCCUUCCUCCACUGGUACACGGGCGAGGGCAUGGACGAGAUGGAGUUCACCGAGGCCGAGAGCAACAUGAACGACCUGGUGUCGGAGUACCAGCAGUACCAGGACGCCACGGCCGAGGAGGAGGGCGAGUAUGAGGAGGACGUGGAAGACGAUGCCUGAAGGAAAAAGGAAAAAAAAAAAUCACUCAAUCAGAGCUGAGGACUAUGAAGCUCCUGGGGGAGACGGGGGAGGAGCCCCCGCCCCAUGUCCCUUUAGGAGCUCCGUAGGAGACACUUGAUGUAACAUUUAAUUUUGUUGUUGUUGUAAUUGUCACGGGUGAAAGUGAAUUUACCUCAGUUCCUGUUCUGUGUUGUUUCAAUUUCUUGGAAUUCUUCUUCUUAUUAUUAUUUUUGGUAAUUUUUCUGUAGAUUCACCAAAAGACGGUCGGGUUUUUACAUUGAUGUUAAAAAUCACUGUCCCACAUUCCUCCAUGAACUGUUGAUGUCUACGGUUGUUGUUGUUGUUGUUGUUUACAGUCUCUGUCAGUGUUAACUCUUCUUCCAGUCAGUGUUCAAUAAAAGUUCUGCUCUCACACCU